GGUACCUGUCGGACAGGAAAGUCUCGCGUCCCGCCGCGCUUCAUGGAGCAGCGUCUGCGGACCUCUUGUCCGUGUUUGGACGCGCUUUGGCGCAGGGUUUUUGGUUCCGACAAGACUUCAGAUGGACCUGUUCGGCAUGAUGGAAGUGCCGCCGACAGCGAGCGGGAGCAGGGUCCGGGUCCGGCUGAGGAGAAGCCCCCCGACAGCGGGGCCAUGUUCAGGGCACUGUGGUCCUUCCAGGGCAGGAACCCAGAGGAGCUGUCGUUCAGCCAGGGCGAGCUCUUCUGUGUCGUGGUGCGGGAGGGAGACUGGUGGAGGGCUCGCAAGAUCGACGUGAACGGACAGAUCCUCGGCACCGGGCUCGUUCCCGGGAACUACCUGGAGAGAGCGGAGACCCUGGAGAUGGAACCGUGGUAUUUUGGAAUGAUGAACCGGUUCGACGCCCAAAGCCAUCUGCUGGGGAAUGGAAAUGAGGAUGGAGCUUUUCUUGUUCGCUGCAGCGAUAAGGACAACGUCGGAUACGUUCUCUCAGUGAGGACGAAGAGCCAGGUGAAGCAUUUUAAAAUCAUCCAAAAUGAAGACAAGCAUUUUCAAGUCAAUCCAAACAACCACUUUGAAUCCCUGAUGGACCUGGUGGAGCAUUAUACCAAGAACAACAUCUGCAACAUCAGCAGGUUGAGGAGACCCUGCAGGAGGAAAAAGUCCCAAAAAACGGAAGAGGAUUUCGCAGACGAGCGUUGGGAGCUUCCCAAAGAUGAGUUCACGGUCGGGGAAAAGUUAGGCAGCGGCUACUUCGCGGAUGUCCACAAGGGUCGCUGGAAGGAACAUAUCAACGUGGCCAUCAAAAUCAUCAAGAACGACACGGAAAUGAACCAUGAAGAGUUCCAGAGAGAAGUCCAAAUGCUGAAAAGACUGCGCCAUCGUCACCUCAUCUCUCUGUUUGCUGUGUGCACCGAGUCGGCGCCGUUCUACAUCAUCACUGAGCUGAUGGAGAAAGGAAGCCUGCUCAAAUUCCUGAGAAGUUCUGAGGGUCAGCAGCAGGACAUCAUGUCCAUCAUUGACAUGGGUGCCCAGGUGGCUGAUGGGAUGGCGUAUCUAGAGGAGCACAAAAGCAUCCACCGAGAUUUGGCAGCCAGGAACGUCCUGGUCGGAGAAGACCUCAUUUGUAAGGUGGCCGACUUCGGCCUGGCCCGAGUCAUCAAGGAGCCAUUUUACGUCACUGAGGAGAGAAAGAUUCCCUUCAAGUGGAGCGCUCCUGAAGCCAUCAGCCACGGAAAGUUCUCCGUCAAGUCCGACGUGUGGUCCUUCGGUGUUUUGCUCUAUGAACUCAUCACUUAUGGAGGGAUUCCGUACCCAGCGUUCACGAACCAGGAGACCUACCAGCAAGUUAUCAAAGGGUACAGGAUGCCCCGCCCGCAAAACUGCCCCAACUUUCUCUACCAGAUUAUGUUGCAAUGUUGGAGCGCGGAACCAGUGGCUCGGCCGGACUUUCGCCAAGUUAAGACUGACCUGGACAACAGCUAUGAGAUGGAGCUGGAAGGCCAGAGCACAUAUUGUUCCUCGAAGAAAAGCAAUGGACAGAGAUGACGUGUCGUCUUUGGUCACAUGCCUGUUAUGCGUUUUGUUAUCGUCCUCCUGUGGCCCAGACAAGGAUUUUACAUUUGUAUGUAAAUAAACUGCUCCUCUGUGUGCAGCAGCUGCACCUCA